UUGAGCAAGUACGUCUUGGUCCAGGAGGUGCACAGAAGGUUCCUAUAAAACCCACAAAACCAAAACUAUUCCUCACCGAUGGCACGGAAGAUCCUAUUCACGGCAUUUGCGUGUUUUUCAUCAGAUCCAAUGUCAACAAGGCAAUCACUAAUGUCAACAUAAACAAUGUAAGAUGUUGUUUAUUGUUUGUUAACUGGGUUUGUAAGCAUGCAUGAACUAUCCGCCGAUGAACACUCGUAUAUUUUAUUUGUCCACUAACAGGAAGUAAGUUUUGGUGUCCUCGAUACAAGGAAGACAGGGCUUCUUCACGCCUCAGAACGCCUUCUAUCCGAGAUCUUUCUCCCUGCGCUGGGCAAGACCGCAAGCUGGGGUGAACUGUCCACGAAACAUGGCCAACAGAUUCGUCAGGAGUUUAUAAACCAACUACAAAACUUUGUCUCAGUAUUGAUUGCUGCGCAAGAUAGUCUUGACGAUACGGUUGUCUUGAAAGAAUGCGAGACACUGGAUCUGAAUGAAAUAACAACACCAACUGAUUAUAUUAAUGCAGCCAACUCGAGUGAUAUGCUGCCGAAAAUUGAAGAGCUUAUUGCAAUCUGGAUGAAACAAAUUGAACAGGUUCAAUGAUAUUUAAAUCAUAUGUUACACAGUCUAUCUCUUCAGCCUCUGUUUCCAACAAUGUCCUUGAACAAGUUUUCUUCAUCUCCUCAGGUUCUGGCAGAAAGUGAACAAAUGCGAAAGGAAGCUGACAAUGUGGGGCCAAGAGCCGAACUGGAUUACUGGAAGAAAAGAAUGGCGAAGUUUAACUCGCUAUUUGAUCAAAUCAAAGGACCAGAGUGCAAAGCUGUCGUGGGUGUUCUUCAUGCUGCAAAGUCUAAACUUUUAAAGGUGGGGAAGUUGUAACAAGGUUGUUGUCGAGACGAUCACAGGAUGUGUUCGCACUGCUUGUUCCCAGUUGUUGUGACAAGUCUAGAACAAGUUGUUUACACCUUGUUACAAGGUUGAUGACGGUAACAGACUUGUUACAAGUUGUUCCAACAAGACUAAUAUACAAGCUGUUCGUAACAAGUUCUCUUGUUAUGUGCAGACGAUAUAUCAGACUUGUUGGAACAACUUGUUGCCAGUUUGUUGGCCUCGUCAAUCUUGUUAGAAGAUGAUAACAACUUGUUUUAGACUUGUCAACAACUUGGAACAAGCAGUGCGAACAUAUCUUGUUGACAAGCUGUGAGAUUUUUAUUACGCGUGUACGUCUUACUAGACCUCUAGGGAACGACACUGGUUAGUUUAAAUUUUAUUUUCACGAUGAUUUGACUUUCAUAGAACUGGCGCGAUAUUGACAGCAGAAUUACAGACUAUGCCAACGAAGCGAAGGACAAUGUCAAGUUUCUUUACACCUUGGAGAAGUUCUCUGAACCGCUAUAUAAAAACAAUCCGGUAAGUUAUAUCUUCUCUUUUAAGAUAAUAAAUAAUUGUACAAAGGCAGGCAGGCAGGCAGGCAGGCAUGCAAACUAGCAGACAGUUUCAAUUUAUUUAAUAUUUCUUCUUAAAGGUCGCCAUGUUUGAUAGUAUUCCUGGUUUCAUCAACGCUAUACGAAUGAUCAACUCAUAUUCUCGUUAUUAUAACACUUCUGAAAGAAUGACUGCUCUAUUUGUUAAGGUAAGUGUCUUUUAAAGCGACUUAAAUUUGUUAAGGUGAGUGUCGCUGCCAUUGUGACUAGUUUAUGUGCCUGUCAUCUCGGUGACCUAUUAUUUCGUCUGACUAUAAUUUCGCCUCAGUCACAUGUGAGAAGAGUGCUUCCAGUUUGAAAGUGUAGACCAGCAUUUAUCCACUUAACUAUUGGACUUAAUAUCAGGUUUGAGUAUCAUGUGACCAAAAUAAAGCAAACUGGUUGGUUCAUUUCCUCAUAAAUUAUUAACAAGGUAACUUUAUCGUGUUCUUGUUCCAGAUAACUAACCAGAUGAUCACAGCGUGUAAGAAUUACAUCACAGAAGAAGGCUUCAAGACUGUUUGGGACUAUCCUCAAGAGGAACUGAUCUCAAAACUUAUGGACUGCGUGAAACUGAACGAAGCAUAUCAACAGAGUUUUCAAAGAGCUAAGAAAAAACUGGAAGAAAACCCAGAGGAAAGACAGUUCGAAUUCAGCGAGAUGUAUAUUUUCGGCAAGAUAAACAGCUUUACAGGACGGUGUCAUAAGAUUAUUGAUAUGAUGAGUACCAUUAAAUCUUUCUUGAUUCUCGGGGAGUCGAAGAUUGAGGGAAUUGAACAGAUUUGGAGCAGGUUUCAGUUGAUCUUGACGACCAUUAAAAAGAAACCGUAUGAUUUGUUGGAUUACAGGAAGAUGGAAUUUGAUGUUGAUUAUGAAGAGUUUAGAAGACAGAUUCAGGAACUACAGGUUAACAGUCAACUUCUUUUAAUCUUGUUUUUAUUUAAGAAACUGGUAUAGAUGGUUAUUUGAAAUGGUGGCCGCACCGGGCGAGAUGAAAGUUUGCUUGAACGAACUUUUUAUCUUGCCUCUCAGUGGACACAAUCAUGAUAUUCAUGAGUUUCAACAUGUGUUUCCACAGCAGCCCAGCAAAUAUGUAUAUUCACUUAAAAAUGCAUUAAACGCUUAACAAUAUGUAUAAAGUUCGUCUGAAUUUGCUAUCAAUCGAUUUAUUAUUGUGUAGCUCAUUAUAUAUGCAGAUUCCGAUGUUUACGUCAUUGACAUUGUAUUUUCAUAUAAUAUACUAUAUACAACUUCAGAAAAUUUUUGUAGUAGUUUCUUAAGUAUUAAAACGUUCUUUUUUAACUUUUAUAGACACAGCUUUACAUUUUUAUCGAUGCAUGUUACAACAGAGUUUCCUCAACACAACAAGCUUUGCAAGUGAUGAGAAAAUUUGAAAG